UCUCUCGGGGCUCCGAGAUCCCUGGUAUUGCCCAUCUUGUCACUUGUCUGACUCCUCGGCCGCGGCCUGGAUUUGCGGAAAAACGCUGUUGCCUGAAAACAUCGCAGGAAACAAGCUGAGAUCGAAAUGGGUGACCCAGAUAUCGGGGCCGUGAUGGGUUUCUCUGGGUUUGGAAAGAAAGCUCGGACCUUUGACCUGGAGGCCAUAUUUGAACAGACACGUCGGACUGCCAUUGAGAGGAGCAGGAAAGUGUUGGAGAAGGAGCAGACUGCAGCAGAAUCUCUUGAGUCAACAGCCUGUGCUGGGAGAUCAGGCUCCCCAACCAGGAAAGACCAUCCUCAGGCCAUUGCCAGGUCACCUGUUGGAGAUGGAAGUGGAGGUGAAGACAGUGACAGUUCAAGCAGUGAUGUGAUUGGUCCCCCAGUACCUUCCUCGUUAUCUCGAUCAGCAAUCAAGGAGCUGGUGAAUGCUGCGGACCUCCGUCCAGCUCCAUGUGACAAACUGCAGGGAGACACGGAUGAAGAGGAAGAGGAUGAUGAUGAGGAGGACGAUGAUGACCCAGCGAAGCGGAUUCCAGACUCGCAUGAAAUCACACUGAUCCAUGGCAAGAAAACGGUGUCUGCACUGGGGCUGGACCCAUCGGGUGCACGACUGGUUACAGGAGGCUAUGAUUACGAGGUGAAGCUCUGGGACUUUGCAGGAAUGGACGCUUCGCUGCAGGCUUUCAGGUCACUACAACCCUGCGAAUGUCACCAGAUUAAAUCCUUGCAGUACAGUGCGACAGGGGACGUAAUUCUCUGUGUGGCCGGCAGUGCCCAGGCCAAGGUGCUGGACCGUGAUGGCUUCCAGGUGAUGGAGUGUGCGAAGGGAGACCAGUACAUCGUCGAUCAAGCUAAGACCAAGGGACAUACAGCUAUGCUGAACAGUGGUGCCUGGCAUCCAAAAAUUAAGGAGGAGUUUGUGACCUGCUCAAAUGAUGGGACUGUGCGGACUUGGGACAUGAACAAUGAGAAGAAACACAAGAAUGUUUUUAAACCACGAACAGCACAAGGGAAGCGAAUUAUUCCCACCACGUGUGCAUACAGCAGAGAUGGCAAGUUUAUUGCUGCUGCAUGUCAGGAUGGCUCCAUUCAGAUCUGGGAUCGGAACAUGAACGUUCAUACAAAGUUUCACAAUCGACAGGCACAUGUUCCUGGGAGUGACACAUCUUGCCUUAGCUUUUCGUACGAUGGGACUACUCUGGCAUCACGUGGUGGAGAUGACACCAUUAAAACCUGGGAUAUGAGGAAUUUCCAGAAUCCUCUGAAUGUGGCCACUGAUCUCCCGAACAUCUUUCCAAUGACAGAUUGCUGCUUCAGCCCUGAUGAUAAGCUGCUGGUAACGGGGACAUCCAUGCGGAAGGGCCAUGGGAGUGGUAAACUACUGUUUUUCGAUCGAGAAACCUUUCGCAAGCUUUACGAGAUUGAGGUCACUGAUGCGAGUGUCAUUCGUUGUUUGUGGCAUCCGAAGCUUAACCAGAUCAUGGUGGGAACAGGAAAUGGACUGGCAAAAGUCUACUACCACCCAGUGAAAAGUCAAAGAGGAGCUAAACUCUGUGUUGUGAAAACAAAGAGAAAAGCAAAGCAGAGUCAAACUGUCACACAAGAUUACAUCAUUACACCACAUGCUUUGCCCAUGUUUCGGGAGCCCAGGCAGAAGAGUACCAGGAAACAACUGGAGAAAGAUCGCCUUGAUCCUGUGAAAUCCCACAAACCUGAGCCUCCUGUAUCUGGACCAGGUCGUGGUGGUCGAGUUGGGACUCAUGGUGGGACAUUAUCAUCAUUCAUUGUGAAGAAUAUUGCUCUGGAUAAAACAGAUGACAGUAACCCACGUGAAGCCAUCUUGCGUCAUGCAAAAGAUGCUGAACAGAACCCAUACUGGGUGGCUCCUGCCUAUGUUAAGACGCAGCCACAUGCAGUGUUUGCAGAUGUGGAGUCCGAGGAAGAGCUGGAGGAUGAUGAGCCCGAGUGGAAGAAGCGGAAAUUGUGAACAAAAUGGUCCUUGAACUGGUCACGAACUGCAUCGCCUGAUUUUUGUGUUGUGAUGGUGGAUGAGAGAGAUUGUGUGGGAGUGGGAGAAGAAUGUGCAGCAGGUUUGUGCAAGACAGGAGGGAGGGGGGUUUGCAGGGAGGGGUAAUGGGGUGAGAGGAGGACCCAAGGAGACACGGCCAAAUGUCGUAGUCUCUACCCAGUAUUUUACUGUAUGUCUUCAGUUAAUUAAACCUGUGUUGACACAAUUGACAGUUGUAUUCCAUUUGCUCUUUGUGUCGAGAUCAGAAAUAACCCUUGGCAAAGAGUCUAUAAAACCUGAAAUGGACCUAUGCCUUUUCUGUCUAUCUAUCCAUCCAAAAGCCUUUUAAAUGUUGUAAGCAUAGUAAAUGUCUUCACUACCCUUUCCGCCUGUGUCACUAUUUCCAGGGAACUGAACUUGCACCUCAAGGUCUCUCUGUAUAGCAACACUCCAAAGGUCCCUGCCAUUUACUCUGUCCUCCCAGAAUUGGAAUUCGCAAAGUGCAUUACCCCUCACUUGCAGCAACACACACAAGAUGCCGAAGGAACUCAGCAGGUCAGGCACCAUCUAUGGAGAGAAAUAAACAGUCGAUGUUUUGGGUCAAGACCCUUCAUCAGGACUGGAAAGGAAGAGGGCAGAAGCCGGAAUAAGAAGAUUGUGGGAGGAGUACGUGCAGGCAGGUGAUGGGUGAGUUCAGGUGAUUGAUGAGUCCAGGUGAGAGGGGAAAGGUAGGAGGGUGGGGGAGGGAGGAGAAGUAAGAAGCUGAGAGGUGAAAGGGAGAAGAGGCAAAGGGCUGAAGGAGGAAUCCGGUAGGAGAGGGCAGUGGACCAUGGAAUAAAGGGAAGGAGAUAGGGAAUGGAUGGGCAGAUCAUGAGGACAGGGAAGCGGAAAGGAAAGGGGGCCACAGGAAUGAGGGAAGACGAGAAAAAAAAGGAAGGUGGGAGAGAAGAGGGGAGGGGUUACCAGAAGUUAGAGAAAUCGAUGUUGAGGCCGUCAGGUUGGCGACUACCUAGGUGAAAUAUGAAGUGUUGUUCCUCCAACCUACGUCUGGUCUCAAUGUGGAGGUCGAGGAGGCCAUGGAUAGACAUGUUGGUAUGGGAGUAGAAUGUGGAACUGAAGUGGGUGGUCAUUAGGAGAUCCUUGCUUUUGUGGUGGACGAACCGAAGGUGCUCGACGAAGCGGUCACCCAGUCUACAUCAGGUCUCACCGAUGUAGGGGAGACCCAAAGCGUCGACUGUUUAUUUCUCUCCAUAGAUGCUGCCUGACCUGCUGAGUUCCUCCAGCAUUUUGUGUGUGUUGCUCCAGAUUCCAGCAUCUGCAGAAUCUCUUGUACCUCACAUUUGGCACUGCUCUGCCCAACUUUCCAGCUGAUCCGUGUCCCAUGUGGAACCUUGUCAAAGCCCUUGUUAAAAUCCAUGUAGACAAUGUCACCUCUUCAAAAAAAAAAUUCAAUCAAAUUCAUGAGACACAAUUUCCCACUCACAAAGCCAUGCUGACUAUCCCUGAUCAGUCCCUGCCUUUCCAAAUGCAGAUAGAUCCUGUCCCUCAGAAUCUCUUCCAGUAACUGUCCCUCCACUGAUGUAAGGCUCACCGGCCCAUAGUUCCCUGGCUUAUUCCCUAUCUUAUAUUGUCCUUGCGGCCCUUCUUAGAUAAAGGCACAACAUCAGCCACCCUCCAGUUUUCUGGUACCUCACCCGUGAUUAAAGAGGAUACAAAUAUCUCUACCAGGGCCCCACCAAUUUUUUUCUUUUGCUUUUCACAUUGUUGCGGGAAAGUUUUACAUUUGUAGUGUUGCUCAGUCUAUACAUUCACAGUGUUAACGAUUUCAUAUGUUAGUAGUGUUUGCGUAUUGUGUACCUAACACCAUUGCCACUCAUGUGGCCUCCCAGAAUUAAACAAACUUCAAGUGUUUGAGGGACUUUUACCCCAGGCUUAGCCCCUCAAUAGAUAAUGACAGAAGGACCGCAGACUGCCAUCCUUGCCCACAGAGCCUUUGCAUUUGCUGCACCAAACAUCAGUUCAUCCCUCAGUAUAUACUCUUGCGGCCUGAUAUGUGGCAAUUGGCAGCAUUUGCUUAUGGACGUCCCGUACUGAAAAGCCAAGAAGUUUUGGACAGACCAAAGAGCAUCUUUCACUUGAGUUCAUGAUCUUCCAGCAGCACUUGAUGUCUGUCUCUGUGUGCAUCCCUGGGAACAGCCCAUGGAUCAGAGAAUCCUGUGUUACACAGCUGCUCAGGAUGAACUGUGAUAAGGUGAGCAACUGUCUAUUCCUCAACGCAGCCAUCCUGAGGGUAGCAGGUGUUGGGUGUGAGAUUCUUAUCAGGAGGGCCCCUCUCACUGCCAGCCAAAUGAGGUCUUGGUCCUUGGUGAGUUUUGGCAAUGAGGCAUUCUGCUGUUUGGGCAGUCUGUUCAGGGAACUUCCACACAGUAUCCACCGUGUCUGUCCUGCAGUGUCUGCAGGAUGUUCUGUUCAGGUCGACUUCUGGUCCGUGGUGCUUUUUCAGAAGAGGCAGUGCAGCAAUGUCCAGCUGACAUUGUGCUGCAAUGAGGUCAGCCCAUCCUUCGCCACACUGGGGACAGGUAGAACCUCAGCACAUAGUGACACUUGGUGCCUGCAUACUUUUCCAAGCACAUCCUGAUGCAGAUAUACACCUCUGUAGCUGUGACACUUUACUCUGUACUGUUAUUGUUUUUACCUGUACUACAUCAAUGCACUCUGUACUAACUCAAUGUAACUGCACUGUGUAAUGAAUUGACCUGUACGAUCGGUAUGCAAGACAAGUUUUUCUCUGUACCUCGGUACAAGUGACAAUAAUAAACCAAUACCAAUA